AUGGCAUCCACUCCAUCGGCCAAACCCGGCCGCAUCCUGGCCAAGGCCAUGAGCGAUCGUCUCGGCCGCGAUGGUCCCGACGAUUGCAUCACCUUCAGCCGUUGCAACGGCAGGGAGUUCCAAAUCGAGAUGUCGCCCUUUUACAUCUGCAAUUCGCCAGCUAUCGAGUCUCGCUAUCGCAAGUUCCUCGCCGCUGUCAGAGACGAGUGGGAAUUCGACACAGACCAGGAUGACGGCGAGCAUCCCGAAACCGUGAUAGACGACUUCCAUGCUUGGCUCAUCAAUGUCUUCGAGCCUGUCUUCUUGGAAGUUGCCCCCGAUAUCCCGCCGUCUUUUGACCCCGCGAAGAUCGCAACGGGGGAGGCGCACCCACUUCUUUCCGAAUACUUCUUCCCGGAAGAGUACCGCUGUCGGCUUGAAGCAGAAGCCGACAAGCCAUUCCCUAUCCUCAUGAGAGAUGCGGAGAGCCGCUGGGUUCCGCCCCUAAACUACAUCGAGCCCGAGCUUGUCCAACGAGUUGGCCAGUACGUCAAGUUCUUCCGUCCCUCCGAAGUGGAAGUCUCAUUUAAGAAGCCCGACCACGCCCUAUCCGAGUCGCCGACACGGGUGUUGGUCGAGCUGGACGAUUCGGGCCGCAAGACGCUUUGCUUCUUGAAGACUUUCGCUGUGGGCGGCUUUCUAGUGCUUGAAAAGGAGCUCGAAGCCCACCUCCGGAUCCUCCAGUCUUCCUUGGCGCACGACGUGCGCAUUGCUCGUCUCCGCGGGGUUGUAGCGGUAGACGAAGACACCAAAAUCCUGGGCCUGCUGCUCACCUACAUUAACCAUCGCCGCGAAAACGACGGGCUCUUGUUCGAGGACUGCCUGCUCCACACGCCCAUCCCCCUCCGACAGCGUUGGGCAAGACAAAUUCAAGAGACAGUCGCGCAACUCCAUAGCGCGGGCCUUGUGUGGGGCGAUGCCAAAGCCGAAAACGUCAUAAUUGACAAAAACAAUGACGCUUGGCUGAUUGACUUUGGCGGCGGCUAUACCGAGGGUUGGGUCGACAAGGACAAGGCCGGCACCGCCGAAGGGGAUCUGCAGGGGGUGGCCAAGAUUGUCGAGCAUCUCUCCAACGAAGAGUACGAGCCGUACCCUGACUCUGAUGAUUGGGAGGAGGAUGACUACCUAAGACAGGAUGCUGCUCGCUCGGAAGCGGCUCCGCGAAAGAUCACCCGGGUAUGCACUUCGCAGUUGCGGACCUAA